UUUUUCGGUGCUCCAACGCCUGAAAGCAUGCUUCUCCAUGUCGACCGGCAGACUGCCAUUCAGUAGAACUUGACUAUUUGUAGUUUGCGGAGGGUCAGGAGCGUGACGAAGCAUUGUCGUACACCAAAGGACGGCAAACGGAGUGUGUCAGUUAAAGGUGUUGUACAAGAAAGAAGAAAGUAAAAGCAGAAAAUAUAAAAAAAAACAAAGUUAAGGACAAAAGUGCCCAAUUUGCACAUACUAAGAAGUUAGUUGAAUGGGCACGCACUUGCCAUUAGACGUUUUUUGGGUUAUCAUUCACAGGAAGCUGCAUGAAUAACGAACAGUUAAAGGCGAAUGUUCGCAAGAAAGCAAUUGAAAUAAAAUUUAACAACUUGGAUACGUGCGAUUGGUGUUCGUAAUGCAAAUCGAAUAAACCCAGCAUUAAUAGCGGCAUUUGUUGGAAUUUUUAAAAUCGUUUUUCCAUCGUUUAACACUCGAAAUUAGUACCGCUAUUGGGAGUUCAAUGUCCGCUAAUUGAAUUACGCAUUGCUUUCGGACCGACCGACAAAGCCAAUGUUUAUGGCAGCUUCUAUGGCUUCAUAGCGUACAUGUGCAUGUAUGCAUGUGUGUAUGUAUGUGUGUGAGUGUAAGAGUAGUAAAAACAUUAUGCCACACUAAGCAGCACCGACGGUUACGGCAACACAUUAAACGUGAGCCAGCCAAGAGCACUGGCUGUUAGCUGCUCCGGAGUCGCAAUCGGUCAUUCAUUGUGGCGCAUUAGCUGGCCGUUUGUUGGGAAGGAAAAUAAAAUGGAAUAUAUUUUUGAUUGCUUCUUUGAGGAUACUUUUGAUAAAAUCACACGUAAUGGCUUACAGGAUCGGUCGUCGCGUCGUGAUGUGUUGGAUCACUUAAAUGCCGUUAUUGGUGGUUGCAGUGACGGUCAAAAUGUGCAUACGGAAGAGGUGGCGAAACUUGCCGUAUUAGCCGCUGUCCGUUACCAUCGUGAGAAGAAAAAGAGCAACUGUGAAGUGUGUCUAAUGGGCAAAUUUCAUAACAUUUUAUAUAUUGCGCUGCGCACUUGCUGGGAUUGGGGUGUACGAGACUCAGCUGCUGUGGUUCUAUUGUUGGAGGAAAUCUAUUCAUGUGAAAAAACGUUUGAACGCAUCUUUUUGGGAGCUUUAUUCGGCCCACAUGCACCACACUUCAUAGCCGGUUGGCGCAGUGACUUUCGUGAUCAGGACGAGAACACGCGAGCAGUGGUCUACUUUCUACAUCAUGCCACAUCGCUUUGCAUGCAACUGCCAGUUUGGAUUGCACGAUUCGAGCAGGAACGUAUGAUUAAAUUCAUUGACAUUCCGAUCGAAUCGUGCGGCCGCUCAUCACCACUACGUGUUGCCUUACAGGCGAGUGCGCCUGACCUGCUGCUAAUUUUAUUAAGAUACGGCGCACAUCCAAAUCCACCCGAUGGCGGUGCUUCCGUUGUACAUGCGCUGCUGGAGAAACUCACUGAGAAUGGUCGUAAUUACGUAUUACAAAAUGUGUCGUGUUUGCAAAUUUUACUACGCAACAUACCGAUGAUUGAGAUGCCGUACAAGCCAAUUAGCUACAGUGCACGCCGUGAACUGUUUUUUGAGAAAUAUGGUCGCCUUUUAAUUGAUCGAAUCAUCACGAAAGAGCAGGUGUACGGUGUGGUCUCCUUGCGGCAUUUGUGUCGAUGCCGCAUACGUGACUUGCUGCGUCACAACUGCCAACUACCCAACGGCAUCGAUACUCUGCGGCUACCGCGCCGCUUGCAUCGUUACAUUGAUCUUAUGGAAGAGCUGGAGGGUCCGCAGAAAGAGGAUGAUAUUGAAAAUAAUGCGGCUUUGGAAAAGUUGCAGGCCAGCGGUGGUGGCGUGAGUGGUGCCAAGAGACGAGUACGUUUCGCCGAACCCAAAGACGAAGAACAAUCUUCCCUGGAUGUGGAAGUUGGUGUAGAGGUUAUGGAGAGUUUGGUGGUGGAGACACAAGACCAGUUAUGUGUAGCGCAUGCCUUGGUAAGCAAUGAAUUACCGCCGGUUGUUGAGGAGGAGGAGGAGGAGGAGGCGGAGGUGGUGUCGGAAACGACAGAGUUGGCUCAGGAGCAAUUCGAGUUGAAAAAGGAAAAUGAUAUGAUUGUGGUUUUCGAGAAACCUUUAAAUGUGGAAAUUCUCAAUCCAAUGCAGUUGCAGUUAACUGCCAAGAACAGUAGGAGUAGCAGCAGCAGCAGCAGCAGCAGCAGCAGCAGCAAUAGUGAUGAUGAAGAGGUGGACAAUAAUAUCAACAAAGCCACUGGUGCCUCUCACAACAAGCACAGCGAUUGUCCUGAACGCCAGCUGAGCUAACCAACGAUGCGAUGAAAAUACUGAGUAAAUACAAUAAUAACUAUAAUCAAAACUUGUACUACUCAGCUUUAUCUGCAAGCAAGACAGCAUCCGUAGAGGGUAAAACAGUGCAACGCGGGAG